UUUCUUUUACAUGAAUGUUUCAGCACUUUUGAGUAAUCUAAAUAUAUACAUUUGUUUACAUUUUUUGUUAUUUUAAUUACAUAUAUUACAUUUACACAUUCACAGGACAAACUCACUUUUUUAAAUAAAUAAUUAUAAAAACAAAUUGAUAAUUCAACUCGUUCACUGAGCAGUUGUUCAUAGUAAUAAUGCAUUACUUUCAAUAAAUAUUUCAUGUACAAAUAAUAAUGAAAAAUUCUGUUCGUUCUUCGUCGUGUUACAUCAGAUUUUUCAUGACAUUUUCCAGGAUGUUACUGUUGCGGGUAACGCUGCACGUGCAAUUAUAUAAUGGAAACAGACAUGAACUUUCAAAACGUGCAUAUUGGAAACCUUUUGUGAAAAUAACAACUACUUAUUUACAAACUGAUAACGUAAUACUUUAAAACAGAAAAUGCUUUAAAAACACAAAAUGCUUGAACUCAAAACGCAGAACAAUAAUAACAAGUUUUUUACGUUAUUUCCUACGUGUUGCUUUGAUAACUCGUCGUCAUCCACAGGCAAAAAUUUAUUAUAAACAUCUCAAAAUAGUAAAUUAUAAAAUUAAUGUAGGAUAAAUAAAAUUAUAUGUUUUAUUCAUUUAUCAUUUAUUUUGAAUCAAAAACUCAUAUCUCAAGUUGAGCUAAACGUGUUUGAAUAUUACUAGCAUGGUUUAGAUGCACUUUUUCGUUUGCUUGUAUAUGAUGUGAUGCCUGGUUGAAGAUCGUGGGGGUUUAAAUGGCGAAAAACAUGAGUGAAAUCCCACCCUGAAAGUUAGCCAAAGCGCUCUGACGUCACGCACCCACAAUGCACGCGACCAUCGGCUCGAGCGCUGCUGUGUUUAGAGGGAAAGAGACAGCAGGCCCAAAAAUACACACAUUAUUAAAAAAAACAAAGUAUCCGCUGGGAUCACGUCGUGCGAGUUCAUCGAAAAAUAGCCGGGCGACGACAUGGUAAUGUGCAGCGAUACGAGAUAUAGUCUGGAUUGACUAUGAAAUACAACUUUUACGACGAUCAAAAGUUUCUGACGAGGAAUGGGUGGAGGACUGGAUUUUAAACAUGCAAAAAAUCAUCCUUCACCCCCAAGAAAAAUCACCUGCUACUGAUUCUUCUCUGAUGUGCAGUGACGCUCCCUGAAAACUACCCAUAAAUGUGAGAAAAUGUUCCAUGGCAAAGACCAGCUAAACAGCCAUCUCCAGACCCACGACCUCAACAAGCAAGAACUGCGAUGUGAAGAAUGUGGAAAGCGUUACAACACCCGUCUGGGUCUAAGACGCCACAUGGGCACACAUGCCACCUCUUCCGUCGGUGACCUCACCUGUAAGGUUUGUCAUCAGGUGUUUGAGAGCAUGCCCACGUUGCUCGAGCACCUGAGUACGCACACUGGUCGACCACCUCCAGGGGCCGUGGUGCGAGAGAGAAAGCAUCAGUGCGAACGCUGCGGUCGGCGCUUCUUCACUCGCAAGGAUGUCAGGCGGCAUGCGGUGGUGCACACGGGUAGGCGGGAUUUCCUGUGCCCGCGUUGUGCCCAGCGCUUCGGUCGUCGCGACCAUCUCACCCGACACCUGAAGAAAAGCCACGCGCAGGAGUUGGAGACCCUGGCCCCGAUGCAACUUAAAGAGGAGCCUAGUCCCACCAUGUGCUCCGUUGGGUCUUCAAAAGAUGCAACAGAUGCUUUUACGAUGGGCAUGUUCAACCCGCAAGGCCUGCCAAGCACAUCUACCUCAGGGGUCAAUCAUCAUCAUCAUUCAAUGGUGUCUGGCCCCCUGUCCAACCCAAUGGGUAUGGGCUGCUACCUCGAGCCGAACAAGCCACAGCAGUAUCAGCAGGCUCCUAGAUAUCAGCCUAGUACCACUACCUCAUACCUGAAGGCAGAAAUGGAGAACUUUCUGGCCGAGCUCCAGUGCGGACCAAUGCCGCCCCAAGCCGCCGUGGCGACUGCAGUGUCUCGGCCCGGCGACAUUAUCCCUGAUAACAUGGGAGGUCAGGGUGCCCAUUUCACCCUACGAAACUCGCCGUUCACGUCAGCUGAGCCACCCGUCACUUCCGCCAACAUGGACCUUUCACAUCUGCUGGGCUUCCUACCGUUCGGAUUGCCUUCCUACAGCACACCCUUAAAUUCAGGAGGCCUUGUGAUGGGAUACUCCACCACCACCACAGCUGCGUCCCCAAGCCCUACGUCCCAGCUCUCUGGGCCACUUACCUCAUUUCAGCCACAGUCAUUGCAGGAGCCUAUGGCUUCAGGGCACUUAAACCAGAUCUCUGGUUUCUCUCCAAAUCUACCUCGAUUCCAUCAGACCUUUCAACAGUAAAGUUACUUAUGUCCACUGUGACCUGUCAGUCAAACGCAACCGCUCUGCUGUAUCAUUGCCAAAUACCUUAUGGGUAAUACAAUGAAGUUUGUAAGGUUUUUGCGAAUAGAUAGAUUAAGAUUAGCGUGAUGUUGCUAGGAUAGAUGGAAUUUUGCUUUUAGAGUAGUUUAAACUUUUGAGUUUUUGCGUCUUCCGGGAAACUGUUUUGUAGUAUUACUUUAUAUAAUUAAUUUGAAGAAGAGAAAAUGGAAAAGUUAGCACAAGAAAUACCUCAGAUGAUGUUAUCAAGAAGGAAAAAUGCUAUUGCAGUGUUCUCCGUUGUAUAAUGAAGCACUUUUUAUCAACGGCACUUCCAUAACUCGGAUUAGACUGUGGUCUUAGAUUUACCUCUCAACUACCUCUUAAAACUUUCUGACAUGAAGCAAAACUUCACACAAAAUGCCUUCAUGUAUUACGCAUGUGAAACGUUAUCCUAGUUUUAAAAAAAGAAUGCUUUUUUUGAAUGCUUUAGUAUUCAAGAUUUUAGAGUCAGGAGAUUAGCUUGUGUUGAUUUUAGCCGUUUAUUAAAAGUUUGUAGGUGUUCUUGUGUAUAUAUCCUUAAUGCUAAUGAUGACGGUUAUGAGUAGAGACAUAUCUGCUUUGUCUCCUUUAGCUCCCAUCUCUGUUUAUUCCAAAGUGAUUUAUAAGUGAAAUCCACCCAAAAAAAUAUUUUUUAGGCAUAAAAGAAAUGAUUUGUUUAAAAUGGAAAAUACCCCACUUGAUUCUUAAUUAUGCCUUUAUGUUCUCUAAUGAAUUUUAAUGUGAAUUGCUCUUGUUGACAAUGUUUCUGUCAAUGUGUUUAGUAAAAAGUGGUUAUGCUAGUUUUACGCAAAUAGUCACCACAUUACAAAGUUUUCCGCAUUGAAACAAUAUAAGCUUAGCACACCUUAGUUUUGCUAAAGCACUUCAUGCAUUUCUCCAUGGAAAACCAGGAGCACUGAUUUAGUUUUACCAUGCAACUUUAAAUAGCAUUUUAGCACUGCUUCCCUAUGUCUUUUUAACUCUUGGUUACAUGAAUAACCUGUAAGGUUACUGUGAUGUUUUUAGGUCUGCUCUGUUUUGUUUAGGGAUGAAUACAAUUCACAAGAUCCUUCUGGUCUUUUCAUUCAUUCUGUCAGAAAUGCAGUGGCGGCCGGUGACUUCUUUUUUCGAGGGCGCUCGAUGCGAAGUUUGUCACAACAUGUAUGUAGCCCGUCAUGUGUGUGGUUCCUUAUUUCAAAAUAUGCGUGUUGAGAGAUCCUAUGUGCAUCACAUGUCUUGUCAAAAUGAGUGCCUGCUGCAGACGCAUCUAAAGGGGUUAUGAUAAAAGAGACGCUCGUGUUUGCCAGAUACUCGCACAAUCUCAUGUGUAAUCACUGUUAAAGGAGUUUCUUGCGUGUAUUUUGUGAACGUGAGCGUUUCUUUUAUCAUAAACGGUUUUGACGCGUCUGCAGCAGGCACUUAUUUUGACUAAACACGUGAUGCACAUGGUUAACAUGACGCAACAAACACAUAUUUUGAAAACGCAAGCAACACCGCAUGACACUCCGAACACUUAUUUUGAGUUUGCGCCCCUCGGAUGAGCACUCACGAGCCGCCACUGCAGACAUGUAUAGCAGGACUUGGCUAAGAAAUUGUGUAGGACAUUUCCUUCUGUGGACAUUGACCUCAUUUCAACUGUGAUGUUUAGACUGAUCUACCUCAGUGAAAUGCACACUGUGCAUAGCUGUACUGUACCUUUAGUGAUAAAUGUAGUAGUUUCAAUAGAUGUUUGGGUGGAGUACACGGCUGUUUCACAUCUGUGCUAUUCCCAGCAUUGGCAUUGUUAUGUUCAAGCAGCUGUUUGAUUAGGAUGAGAUAAUAAAACAUCUUGUAGAAUUUGAAGAA